AUGGAUUUCGAAAGACAAGAUCCUGAAAAUUAUUUUCUGGAGUUGUUGGGUACAUGUGUAGAAGGGGGGAUGCGUGGUUUUAAAAUCUUCGAGGGGUAUAUUUCUAGUCAGCAAUGGUUGUCUUGUUCUUCAGCCCAUAGUUUUUGUCGGCAGGAAGGUAUAUGGAAGCAUUGUAUGCUGUUGUAA